GUGAGUACAGCCUCGUGUAUGAGCGUUGAUUGACAAUAUACAAGAAAUGUUAUGUAAUUACAAGGAGCAAGCCUUAGAUGUAACUAAGUUGUAUUGUUUCUUUUACUUAUGUAUUUUUAAGCAUUUAUUUGUAUAAUUAAACUUAGACAUGGCCUGCAAGAGGCAUGGCUAGUUGUCUUUGUUCAGAACGAAAAAAAAAACCGCGCUAAUGUCUAGAUGACUGCGCGUGUCUGUGACCGUGUGAAAGUCAAGAGAAACUAACGGUUUAGGGGCAAACGUUUGGAGUACUGGAACUUUUGUUAAUACGUUCAUACCGAUCAUUUGCAUAUACUCAUCUUUCAUACUGGACUCGUGUGUUCUCAUCUUUCAUACUGGACGAACUAUGCUGUGCAUUCUCAUCGUUUGUGCUGGACAGGAAUGUGCUGUGUAUUUUCAGCUUUCAUAUUUGACGAACUAUGAUGGGUACUGUCAUCUUUCAUAGUAGAGUGCAGUAUGUUUUGCAUUCUCAUCUUUCACACUGGAGUGAACUGUGGUAAGUAUUCUCAUCUUACAUAUUGGACUGUACUACCAUUCUCAUCUUUCAUACUGGAAAGGAAUGUGCUGUGUAUUAUCGCAGAUUUCUUGCUUGUCUCUGUAUGUGCUUCUGGUGCCAUCUUGGUGCGCACAUCAUUAAGUAUUAGUAACGAAAUAGAGGCAAUCAAGAGAGACAACCAACUCUCGCUUUCACUGACUCGGGGUGUCCUGACAGCGUGUAAUCGAAUUUGGAAGCUAAAUUGAUCUGCUUGGCUAAGCGUGAAGCCCAGUCCAUUCCUCCAUCGACUUUGAGUUGAGAAGAAUAUUAGAGCCAGAGGCCUGGGAGACAUCUUUCUGCGCAUGUUGUCAAGAGAGGAAGGGAUGACCAAAUUACUCUUUCCCCACUCUCUUUUCCUCUCCUUACCCCCACCAUCGCUUGACUUUCAAAAAAACGCGAUGUGCUGAACGCUGAGGACAGUCAAUGCUCAGCCGCAAGACACAGCAGGUGUCAAGCUGCGAUUGUGGGUCUGAAGAUGGCUGGAAAAGACCUCGAAAAACCUUCGCCUGUGGUCCUCUUCCGCGACUUACGCGAGAAGGCACGCCAGCUUGGACUGAGAGACCAAGACGUCUCCGGACUUCCAGCUUUGGCAGAAAUCCAGUGCGGGGUCAAGAACUACUUCUUACAAGCCGCAAAAAGGAGCUUCAAAUAUUUACUGUUCCUGGCUUGCACGUUGGCCAUUGUGUGGCUCCUGGACUGGCCUGUUCACAACGAAAGGAUCAUACGAAUGUGGUUUCAUUUUCGUGGGCUGCCGUCAGAAGAUAUUGAGCUUGAAAGAUGUCUUCUUCGUACACCCGAUAUCCUGUCGGAUGCACUGAGACCUCCUUUGGACUGCGCCUUCUGUCGCAACGUCACUUCCGUACACAAGGUGGAGAACAUCUCGCCCGAGGACUUUGAGGAGCGCUACGCCUACUCGGGUCAGCCGGUGAUCGUCACGGACGCCACACGCAACUGGUCAGCACUGGAUGCCUUCAGCUUCGAGUUCUUCCAACAGGUCUACAGCCAGGACAGUCUGGAGCUGAAGAACGUGGAAAACAACUGUCAGUUCUUCCCGUACAAGACGACUUUCAGGAACCUGCGAGAAGUUAUGCAGAUGGAGCCACGGCGGGCUCGCAUGGAAGAUAGUUCGGAGCCCUGGUACAUCGGGUGGAGCAACUGUGACUCCUCUGCAGGCAACGUGCUACGUCAGCACUACCAGCGACCCUACUUCCUGCCGCGCGUCUCCGAGUCCAGCAAAACAGACUGGAUCUUCAUGGGCAGCCCCGGAUAUGGCGCCCACAUGCACCUGGAUAAUGUCCACUUACCAUCCUGGCAAGCCCAGAUCACAGGAACCAAGCGAUGGACUAUGGAGCCGCCAUCGGAAUGUUACUCACAGUGCAUCGCCUCGCUACAAGUCGAUGUUCAACCCGGGGAGAUAGGCGAGUUUAUAGGGCCCAUUGUGUGUGCAUGUGAAAUAAGUAUGUGGGUGUGGGUGAAGAAGGCAGGACCUUCUCUCCUUGCUCCUCAGGAUCUUCAAUUUAUCACAAGUUGUGCUCGACACCAACAAAUGGUACCACUCGACUCUCAACGUAGGAAGCUCCAUCAGCAUCACUAUCGGCUCCGAGUUUGACUGACAUUCCAUCAGCAGCACUCUCGGAUGUCCCCCGACAAACCCAUCUGUUCUGAUGAAUCCCAGUACAUUCAUGUGGAUUAUCUGGAUAUUAGUCCGUAAACUACUGGUGUCAACAGCAUUAUCCGCGAAGAAAAAAUAAAUGCAGCUGUUGCCUUGCAGA